AUGUUGGAGGCGGCAGUAGAACCGACGCAGAAGAGCUUGAAUGAGGCUGGAGCAUAUGCUGGUGUUGCGCGUGACAUGGCUGCAGGAGCCACCGUGGAAGUGAGUAGCACUGCGGUAAUGACCGCGGUACCAGUUGAGGAGGAGUCGCGGAAACGACGUGACAUUGGGCAGAAUGAAGCAUAUUGGCGAGACAAAGUUAGAUUACUAGAGUGUGAGCGUGGUCUGGAAGCAAGGACAGGUAGUUUGAAGUUGUCGCGAGUGAAGAACAAAAGCGUGGGGAUGAGGAUAGAGUGUAGGGAUGCAGCAACGUCGAUGAUGAUGAAGAUGAUGCUUGCUGAGGCAAUGUCUACGCGUGCACACGGAGAAGACGCAAGUGGCAUGUUAGAAGCAGUGUCAAUGACAAGUGGGAUUGAAACGCCUGAGUUGGAGGUGGGUGUAGUGGCAGGGCAUGACGACGGUGGCGACGACGACGUGGAGUGUGAGGUACAGCAGAUGAAGCGCAGAGGAAUCAAGGAAUCAGGCAUCUCUGCCAUAUGCCCAGUGAAGUUGUUCAGUGCGGAAACUCAGGUUGGGUGGACGUCGGUGAAGGCCGAAUGUGAGACACAAUCAGAGCCGCCAUCACCACUACCACCAUCCGCACCGGUUGAUUCACCUACGACGAAGAUGGAUUUGAGGAGAGAGAGAAUCAUCGCUGAGGCUACAGGUAGUGAGACUGCAGAAGGGGCUGGUGGAUUAGUGUCGACGGCGGUGGCGGCGGCGUCAAGCAGCGUUGAGGCGUUGUGUGGUAGGAAGACGCCAGGCGGCGGCUUCGAGGAUGCAGAUUAUGCGGCGUUGUUGAGGCGAAGAAGAGGAGUUGGAGGAAGUAGGCGUGUGGAUGAGAGCACUAGCCCGUUGGAAGUAAGUGCCAAGGUAGGCGCGUCUACUGUCUCCGCAAGUGGCCAGAAGCAUUCAGGUAAGACGGUUUGUCAGAUUGACUUGCGCGAGCAUGCUGCAGCCGUGGCAACGGAGGAGGGUAAAUUGAGAUUUGUGGAGAGACGGCGGAGGUUCUGCAGUGGUGAGCCGACGGGUUCAUGUAAAUGCAUGGAGAGAAGAAAGGUGAAAUCGACAGCAGUUUCUACCGGAGUGAGUGUUUGUGGAUGGCAGGAGGCCGCGUCAAGUGAAAGCCAGUGUGCUAAGGCAACACGUCGCGUGCACACGAAGUCGACUGUAACAUUGGAGCGGUGGCACUGUGAUGUAUCGUCACGGUGGAUGAUUGGAGCGAGUGAGGUGGAGACGCAAACGGAGACGGUUAGAGGCGUAACGUGGAGAAUGGGUGUGGACGCAGAUGCCCAGACUGACAUGGGGCUAAGGAGCACAGAAGUAGACGAUGUGGUGGAGGCUGUGGUGAGCGAGUCAGUGUGUCGUGGAGCUGCGGAGGCGUUGGAGGCAGUUGCACAUGGUGGGAGGAGAAUGGAGGUUACUGGCACUCUGGCGAGUGUUCCACUGUCGGCAGAAGUGUCACGUAAGCCAGGUUACGUAGCAGUGAAGGCAACGUCAACAAUGACGAGUGUGAUGGUGGGUGGAGGCGAUGUCGGGGUGUGUUCAGAAGAGCAAGGUGGGUUUGAAGGCGGUGAACGUGGAGCGGAGAUAGAAGUUAGGUCGAAGGCUUGUCAAGUACGCGUGGAAGUGAAACGUCGAGUGCAUAACAAGGCGGUUGGAAGUGGUGGGAUGGAGAGGUCCUUGGACGCGACGAGGUUGGUGGAUUGCUGCGUCACAGGGGUGCAUGCUCAAUUGCUGGCUCCUUCUCCUUCUGUUGAGGCUGAGCCCGAAAUCGAAGUGGUGAGAGCUUCCAGCGCACUGGAAUCACAGCCUCUUGGAGGAAGUAGGAGAGUGGGAAGAACGUGUGUGCAGCAUUCAUUGGCCGACGUGUCGCUGCGUUCCUCCGACCUGGUAGUGACACUGACACAGUCGACGCAAACAUUGCCUGCAGGUGGUGUUGUG